AUGGCUAGGUCUAUAACUCGUCCACGGCUCUUGUUCACCUUCAAAGUAGAGGACAAGUUAUUCAUCUUCUCUGCAACUCAACCUCAAAACCUAGGCGGUGGCAACUGUUCUAUUGUAGCUACACGUUAUAAAGAUUUUCCCAAACAUUUUCCAACCGAAACCCUUGACGACUUGUCCAGGGGAUUGGUAUGUCUUCAUGGACCGGUAAUAAUAAGAGGAAGAAGGACUCUAAUAGUUUGUAACCUCGUCACGGGUGAGUUCAUAGACUUAGCCAAAGUGAAAGCGACGGAUACUAAAAGGAGCUACAUUGGCUACGAUCCGUUCAACAAACAGUUUAAAGUGUUGUUUCUAACCAGUUAUGGAAGACAAAACCGUGUUUUGACAUUGGAGACUGGAAAGCCUUUACGGAUGAGAUACACCAUGGAAUGUGAACACCAUGCUGGUGAAUAUGGUGAAGUAUGCAUCGAUGGUGUUUUGUAUUACGAAGCUUACUUUAAAGAAUCAGCAUCUCAUAUGAUAGUUUGCUUUGACUUUAGCUUUGAAAAGUUCAGUUUUAUUGAGACAAAUCGUGAAAUGGAGAACGUCUCUUUAUUCAACUACAAAGGUAAAUUAGGUGCCUAUUUUCAAGACUGGCAUAGCAAAAAACUGCGGUUGUGGGUUCUAGAUGAUGCUGAGAAACAUGAAUGGUCCAAAAGUAUAUAUGUGUUGUCUCAUUUAUACAGUGAGAAGAUCGGGCACAACUCUUACAUUGUUGGAAUCACUAGUGCCGGUGAGAUUGUGUUUACGCUGGUUGGUCACUUAAACCCUGAUUUCUACCUUUUCUUUUACAAUAUGGAGAGGGACACUUGUACAAGAGUCGAUAUUAAGGGGUUUGAAGAGUUUAAGCAUCAUAAUUUGCAUAUUACUACCUAUCUGGACUAUGUAGAGAAUAUUAUGCCCUUGUAA